CACCAGCGAGACACACAGUCAAAGGAAACCGAGUGUGGAGCGUGGAACCUCCGCGAAAAAACCCACGGAGGAGCGCGAGGAAUACCGGAGCCGCCGCCACAGGAGCUCCCCCCCCGCGUGUUCUCGGUUCGUGUGUGCGCGCUGUGGAUAUUCGCGAGCGGCACCGGGGCGGACACGGCGGAGCAGGCCGUGACGGCCCUGACGGUUUAAACCGGAGGAGGGGGGAGACACGCGCCGUGACGCCGUGGAGGAAAAAAUGGUGGAUUAUUUUCAUUGUGUCAUAAAAAGCUUCCUGUUGCCGUGAGGCCGCGUCUCUGCCGCGUCAGUGCCGCGUCCGUGUCGCCCUCUCCACAGGCUGAUCCGUCCUUUUCUCUUCCUCACAUUCAUGUAGGAUCGUGAGUGUGUGUGUGAGUGAGUGAGUGAGUGAGUGUGUGCGUGCGUGAGUGUGUGUGUGUGUGUAAGAGACGCGAACAUUGUUGGAUACAUUAGUAGACAUGGAUUUCAGCGGCGGAAGCAGCGAGCUGCACAACAACCAGUUCUAUCCGUGCGAGGAGAACAAGCCUCUGCUGGGCGACACGAUGAUGCUCGUGACCGAGGGCAACAAUAACAACACCAGCGGCAGCAGCGGCAGGCUGUGCGCGGGGCCGUGCAGGAGGCCGCUGCACCACUGCGGCGGCAGUGGCAUGAGAUACAAGCUGCUGCACGAGGGCGACAUCCAGGUGUGCGUGGUCAAGCACCCACGCACCUUCCUCAGCAAGAUCCUCACCUCCAAGUUCCUGCGGCGGUGGGAGCCGCAUCACCUGACGCUGACGGACAGCAGCCUCACCUCCGCCACCCCCACUGGUUACAUGGAGACAUGUCUGUCCUACAGCUCCAUUGAAGACCUGCAGCUUCUCUCCUGGGACAACGCUCCAAAGUACUGUGUCCAACUGAGUUUCCCUGGAGGAACCGUCCUACUGCAGGCUGCAAACAGCUACUUAAGAGACCAGUGGUUUCACUCCCUGCAGUGGAAGAAAAAAAUCUACAAGUACAGGAAAGUGCUGAAUAACCCAAGUCGCUGGGACGUGGUGCUGAAGGAGAUCCGAGCUCUGGUGGACAUGGCUCUGACCUCGCCACUGCAGGACGACUCCAUCCACCAGGCGCCGCUGCACAUCAUCUCCACCCUGCUGGCUGAGAACUCAAACCUCAGCGCUCAGGACCAUGAGAACAUCAUUGUGGCCAUCGCUCCUCUCCUGGAAAACAACCACCCUCCUCCUGACCUGUGUGAGUUCUUCUGUAAGCACUGUCGCGAGCGGCCGCGCUCCAUGGUCGUGAUUGAAGUGUUCACUCCAGUGGUCCAGAGGAUCCUCAAACACAACAUGGAUUUCGGGAAGUGCCCUCGCCUGCGUCUCUUCACUCAGGAGUACAUCCUGGCUCUGAACGAGCUCAACGCUGGCAUGGAGGUCGUCAAGAAGUUCGUCCACAGCAUGCACGGACCAACAGGUCAGUGUCCUCACCCUCGUGUCCUGCCAAACCUGGUGGCAGUUUGCCUCGCUGCCAUUUAUUCCUGCUAUGAGGAGUUCAUCAACAGCCGGGACAACUCCCCCUCGCUGAAGGAGAUCAGAAACGGUUGCCAGCAACAAAACGACCGCAAGCCGCCGAUGCCGCUCCGCCUACUGCGGCCCGACCCUCCCACACCACCGCCCACCACCCUCCUCCCUCUCUCUACCAACCCUGCCCCCCCUCAGCCGCCACUGCCCGCCAACUCUAACCCCAUCCCCUCCCUGCCUCUCUCCCCUCCGCCCUCCGUCGUCAAUUCCAGUGAAAUCCUGGUGGAGCUGGAGCGCAACAACAACUCGGCCAAUGCAAAGCGAAAGAGUCCGCCAUCAGGGGGUGACAGUGAGCCCAACCUCAUCGACUGUCUGCUGGUCAGCCCGGCUGUCAACACGCUGUCCAUCCAGCUGCCGGCGCAGGCCGACCGCGUGCUCGGCUGCUUUGCUCUCAUCCUUAAAAUGCUGUCAGACUACGAUGACUGGAGACCUGCUCUGGCCAGUCUGCUGCAGCCCAUCCCUUACCCCAAAGAAGCCCUCGCUCACGCCAAAUUCACAAAGGAACUGAAAUAUGUCAUUCAGAGGUUUGCAGAGGACCCGAGGCAGGAGGUUCACUCCUGCCUCCUCAGUGUGCGUUCAGGUAAAGACGGCUGGUUCCAGCUCUACAGUCCAGGAGGCGUGGCCUGUGAUGAUGAUGGAGAGCUGUUUGCCAGCAUGGUUCAUAUCCUGAUGGGCUCCUGCUACAAGACCAAGAAGUUCCUUCUGUCUCUGGCUGAAAACAAGCUGGGUCCCUGUAUGCUGCUGGCCCUGAGAGGAAACCAGACCAUGGUCGAGAUCCUGUGUCUGAUGCUGGAGUACAACAUCAUCGAUAACAAAGACACACAACUUCAGAUCAUCUCCACUCUGGAGAGCACGCAGGUCGGCCUCCGCAUGUACGAGCAGCUGUGUGACCGACAGAGAGAACUCAAAGAGCUGCAAAGAAAAGGAGGCCCCACUCGACUGACUCUGCCCUCAAAGUCCACGGAUGCAGAUCUGGCUCGUCUGUUGAGUUCAGGCUCCUUUGGGAAUUUGGAGAACCUGAGCCUGGCCUUCACCAACGUCACCAGUGCCUGUGCCGAGCAGCUCAUCAAGCUGCCUUCACUCAAACAGCUCAACCUGUGGUCCACGCAGUUUGGAGACGCAGGGCUGAGGUUGUUGUCCGAGCACCUGGUCUGUCUGCAGGUGCUCAACCUGUGUGAGACUCCAGUUACUGACGCUGGUCUGCUGGCUCUCAGCUCCAUGAAGAGUCUGUGCAGUCUGAACAUGAACAGCACCAAACUCACCGCCGACACGUACGAGGACCUCAAGGCCAAACUGCCCAACCUGAAAGACGUUGAUGUCCGUUACACUGAGGCCUGGUGAAGCCACGCCCACUCCCACAUCGCACACACACACACGCGCCGAUACAAAACACGACCGCCAUCGCUACGACAAAGAACUUGCUGACGACGCGAGAAUCACAGGAAAAAACUCUGACCAUGUUCACGCCAGAGGAGGAGGAGCCUCUGUCAGCUUCGAGGCAAAGAAGGCGGGGCCUAAUUCCUCAAAUCCACACAUAAAAAUGGGCUGGAAAAAACAAAACAAACAAAAAAAACACGGUUUUUAUCGACGUGAACCGACGUAUUUUUCCAGAAACAUCUGUGUUUUCAUAACGUUUGUGUUUCUAUAUUAAAAGAUGAAGAGAAGCCCACACACACACAC